UCAUCCAUAACAGUACACACCCCAAAUUAUUAUUGUACAUAAACCCAUUACAUGUCUAGAUACAUGAGAGUAUAUAUUAUUAUAUAUUAUCAUCAUCAACUCUGCCAAUGCCAUCAUUUCUUAUUUAAUUAUUUUCCUUUCUCUAUAUAAACCCUAAUUCAGCUCUCACCGUUUUUCAUCAAUCCAAAAGCCACGUACAUCUUCAAUUGAUAGAUAGAUACUACUAGACUUCACUUUAUCAUGGGUUCUAUUGGAAUUGAGAGUUCAAAAACUGAGGUUGUCACUGUUGAUGUGCUUGCAACCAAGUCUCUGAUCAAGACCACCCAUGUUUAUCUUGAUGUCAGGACGGUGGAAGAGUUUCAGAAAGGGCACGUAGAUUCAGAGAAGAUCAUUAACAUUGCAUACAUGUUCAAUACACCCGAGGGGAGGGUGAAGAACCCAGAGUUUCUGAAGGAAGUUUCGUCUCUUUGCAAUAAAGAAGAUCACCUCAUAGUGGGUUGCCAAAGUGGAGUGAGAUCUGUGUAUGCAACUGCUGAUCUUCUAGCUGAAGGGUUUAAGGAUGUGUACAACAUGGGAGGAGGUUAUCUAGAGUGGGUUAAAAAGGAGUUUCCAGUGAAGAUACAUGUGACCGAAUAGGAGCUUUUGCUCAGUUAUGUUAUAUGAUCUUGUAUGUAUAAUUAGAAUGGACCCUUUCACAAUUACCACUUUCAACAUGUUCAUUAAGUUCUAUAAUUUUUAGAUGCUUGAGUGUAGUAGUGUGUAACCAAGACAAACUAUGUUUACAGUUGUAUCUACUUGACUUGAAUAAAUGCAAAAGAUUGCAAUCUGGGUAAACUACUAA